CCUGCAUUCCUGGACUUGGCGGCAGUGAACGCUAAGCUAGCUAGGUACCUAAGUAUUACGUACCGAAUGCAGCAGCAUGCUGAACAGAGCUCUCCCUGCGCCUUGAAAAUCAAAGCUCCAGCUAUCUGAAGAGUAGAGUAGGUACCAGCAGUUGUCUUUGAGAUUUAUUUGGUACCGGACAAUUCCUCCGAUCACCUUUCCUUCCUGCAGAAGCUUCUGGACAAAUCUCAUUGGCACCCCCAUCGCGGAGGGGAGCUGCGCAAUCUGACAUUGGCGGCUUGGAGUCAUUGUGGACAAUCGCAAAUUCUGGCAGCAAUUGACAGCUUUAGCAUGGUAGUAAGCCUCAUUGAGGCAGUGGUAUAAAACGGAAUCACGUUUCCUUCAGGCAGUUGGCUACGUUGCGGGCAUCAAUGUGGAACCCUUGUUUUAGUGAAUUUGAAAGCUCAAUGAGCCUGUUGUGUUGUUAGCUAGAGCCAAUAAUGUUUGUCAGAAGCUUAGAGCAGAAUAAGCUGACGACAAGGUGUCUCCAAUCAGUGUUCUGAAUAAGGCAGCGGCGAAAGUCAGAGCAACUCCGCCUCUGAAGCUUCUGGCCCCAUCAAAGUAAGAGUCUUUGGGGCUGUAAGCAUACCUGAAGGCAUCAUGCUUGUCACACGGCCAGACUGGUUGCGGCAUCCCGGCUACCCCAUCCUUUCUAUUGCCAUCCACCCAGAUGGCACUAGAGUGGCCACUGCAGGGGGUGACAACAAGGUCCGCAUCUGGAAUAUAGCUCCUAUCCUGGACGCCCAGGCCGAAAGUGACCCCCUGGUGCCCAAGUCUCUUGCGACGCUUUCUGAGCAUUUUGGACCGGUGAACGUAGUCCGCUGGUCACAUGACGGCCGUUACAUUGCCUCAGGCUCGGAUGACAAGCUGAUCUUCGUUCACGAGCGCAAGACCGGAAGCUCGGUGGCCGUCUUUGGGAGCAGCGACGCCCCCGACCUGGAGAACUGGAAGUCGGUCUACACGUUGAGGGGGCACACAGCAGACAUCGUCGACCUUAACUGGUCUCCUGACGACUUCAUGAUCGCCUCCUGCUCGCUGGACAACACCGUCCGCAUCUGGAAGAUCGCACCCGGGAGUAUUCACACCCCCAUGGUGUUGGCCGAGCACACCAGCCUAGUAAAGGGUGUGUCAUGGGACCCCAUCGGAUCGUUUCUAGCCAGCCAAGCUGACGACAAGAGCGUGAUUGUAUGGAGCAAGACGGACUGGUCCGUGGUGGCCAGAAUCAAGGGGCCCUACGAAAAGACGAUUGGCGCGACGUUCUUCCGGCGCCUCGACUGGUCCCCGGAGGGCCACUUUUUGACCACCACCAACUCGUUCGAGGCGCCCAGCCACACCGCCGCGGUCGUCGAGAGGGGCAAGUGGGAGAAGUGCUUCGACUUCGUGGGUCACAACGCCCCCGUGAUCGCGGUCAAGUACAACCACGGCAUGUUCCGGCGGCGCGGCAAGCAGACGCCGUACAAUUGCAUUGCGAUCGGGAGCCAGGACUGCAAGGUGUCCGUGUGGAUUACCAACCGGCCAAAGGCGCUGCUGAUUGCGCGGCACUUCUUCACACAGGGUAUCGGGGAUCUCGCAUGGAGCCCAAACGGCUACUCUCUCCUGGCCUGCUCCAACGACGGCACCGUCUCCUCUUUCACUUUCGACGAGGAAGAACUCGGCGUCAUGCUGACGAAAGCCGAGAUGGACGUCAUCCUGAAGGAGCGAUACGGUGACCUCAAGUGGGGAAAGCGCCUCGCGAUCGCCGAGAGUCCCGCGCAGUUACUUCUCGAACAAGCCGCAGCGAUUGUGGCGAACAAACAGGUCGCCAACGGACGGCCCCAAACGCCGGUAGCGGCGAACGGUGUCAACGGACACCCGGCGACCCCGCCGGCGAACCGGAUGCUGCCACCUGGCGGCGUGCAGGGAUCCCCCAGUCGGCUGCAGCUAGGCCCUGUGAAACAGAUGGAGGAGAGGCGGCCAGACGGGCGGAGAAGGAUCAUACCGCAGGCGCUCAGGCCGAUUACAGGGCCCCAGACAGAAUUACCCGCGGUUUGGGCCUCGCCCUCUAGAGAGCAGAGCCAAAGCGCAGCGCCUGCCACUCAACCGGGGGUUUUGGACGCGGGUAAGGAUGCGGUUAGCGACGUAAACCGGGUUAGGAUAGCGCCCACGCCCGUGGCCGGUGUGAAAAGGCCGGCAGAGGGGGUUUCUCAACCGGAAUCGAGUAAAAAGCCGAGGGAAGAGAGUGCUAUGGACCGGGCAAACCAGGCAGUUGUUGCCAAAACGGGGCCGCUUCCCACCGUUCCUGGAUUUGACGCCAAAUCCUCGCAAGCUAUCGUUACUACUCCCGGGAGAAUCGAACCGAGGCGGAUAACCCCGGUUCCGACAGCUGGCGCGCAACCGGCCCCAUGGGCAGACAGCCAGGUUACGGGCCGGUUAGAGUUAACUCAAAAUCAGCCCGCCCAAGCGCCGGUGAUCUCGGCACCCCGGUCGAAGGACGGUUUGUUGACGGUUCGGGUGACGGGAACGGAUCAAGAAAGUGGUCCGCCGCUAGUUCUGGAAUCCAGGGACGGGACAGGUGGCGCCGCGGGGUCGUCGGAGCUCGUAUGUUCUUGCGGGGGAAAAGUGCAGUGGCGAGACCGUAUCCGGGGAGGAGUGUCCGCUUUGGCUGGCAAUCCGGACAUGUGGGCAGCAGCGCUUUCGGACGGGUCGUUGCUCGUGUUCUCCUCGGCAGGGCGGCGAAUCUUCCCGCCAAUACAGCUUGGCGCGCCGGCCGCUUUUGUGGUGGUCGGGCGGGGGGACGGGGAGCAGCGCUGGCGGCUUAUGGUGGUGACGACUGCGGGGCGGCUGUGCUUAUGGGACCUGCGGAAACAGGAGUGCUUAGCCCAGGAAUCGCUGGCAUACCUACUAAAAGGCCCUACAACCAUCGUCUCGCUGCGCUUCUCCAAAGCCGGUGCGCCGCUGAUCGUGCUGUCCAACCGGGAGGCGCACAUGUACCAUCUUGGCAUGCGCUGCUGGCUGCGGAUCGCGGACGAAUCGUUCCCAGCGUCCGAAUUCACGUCAGUACGGGGGGCUGAUGCGUCCGGUCACGAAAAGGAGGACCUAACCGUUCUUCAGGCGGAAGUGGCUGCCCAAGGCCGCGGUCGGCGGGGGCUGUUCAACCCGCUCCUAGACAUCUCCGCCGCGGAGGGGCAGGCGCAGUCGCGCGCGCACCUCGAGUCGCAGCUCGCGGCGGCGGUCACGAUGAACUCGCCUACGGAGUACAAGCGGUGGUUAACGGCAUACGCACGGCACUUGACGCGGGAGGCGGACGAGGGGCGACUUCGGGAGCUGUGUCAAGAGUUUCUGGCGCCGACGGGGAGCGGCAGCGAGGGGGCCAGCGUUUUGGGGAUGUCGAAAAGAGAGCUGCUACAAGCGGUCAUCUUACCAGCCAUGUCAGCAAAUAGAGCGGUGCAAAGACUCUUGAAUGAGUUUCUGGAUCUGGUUGGUGAGGAAAUGCUUGUCAAGUGAGGUUGAUGGAGAGCGCUUCUGCUGGAUCCUUUGUGCCUUGUCUCUGCCUCUUCGAUAGAAGGGCUACGAAAGUGGAGAUGAAAAGCAACAGAACGUCAAGUCUCACACCUCUUACUUGGACCGUCAUGGUUCCUUUCUCCGGG